AUGGACCGUCGCCGCACCCCCGGCCUCUCGUCGCUCUCCUCGCGCGGCCUGCAGAACCACCACUACACGUCGCACGGCGCCACGCUGCGAACCCGCAAUGCCGACUCCCUCUCGACCCAGCUGUCCGUCUUCCAGUCGCUCCUCCACAACUUCGCCGUCACCCACUCCAAGGACAUUCGCGCCAACCCUGCUUUCCGCGCCGAGUUCGCGCGCAUGUGCUCAGCGCUGAACAUCGACUUCCUCGCUUCCUCGUACCACCGGGACAAUAAAGAUGGCAAGCCAAGUGGCGCCGGCGGGGAGAGCAUCUGGGCACAACUGCUGGGCGGGAGUGUGAAUGACUUCUACUUCAACCUGGGCGUCUUGAUUGUGGAAGAGUGCCGGGCCACGAGAUCAGAGAACGGCGGGCUCAUCAGCGUCUCGGAUCUCAAAGCCCGCAUAUCCAAAUCCCAGCGCAUAGGCGGGAGCAUGGAAGUCAGCGAUGACGACAUCAAGCGCGCCGUGGACUCGCUCGCUCCGCUCGGAUCCUGCUUCUCCAUCAUGAAGAUUGGGCACAGAAGCUUGAUAAGAAGCGUACCCAAGGAGUUGAAUACCGACCAGAGCACGGUACUCGAAGCCAUACAGGUUCUUGGCUACGUCACAGUAUCCAUGUUGCAGCUGAAUCUCAACUGGGAGAGGCCUCGAGCCCAUGCUGUGGUUGAGGACCUCAUGGCAGACAGUCUGGUCUGGGUCGACACACAAGCCGGGGAGAACGAAUACUGGAGUCCGGCCUUCCUCACUGCCGCCGGCAUGAGCUCGUAG